AUGCCGUUCAGGCUCAACAACGCCCCGGCGACGUUCCAAGCGCUCAUGAAUGAUGAUCACCAGCUAUUCCUGAAGAAGUCCAAGUGCGAGUUUGGGCGGUCAUCGGUGGCGUACCUUGGUCAUGUCAUCUCCGCAGAAGGGGUGGCCAUGGAUCAGCAGAAGGUGCAGGCGGUGCUGGACUGGCCGCCUCCCAAGUCCCCGCGUGCGGUGCGCGGCUUCCUUGGGCUGGCGGUGUACUACCACCGCUUCAUCCGCGACUUCGGCACAAUAGCGGCGCUGCUCACCGCACUGCUCAAGAAGGAGGGUUUCAGGUGGAGCGAGGAGGCCGCGCGCACGUUCCAGACGCUCCAGCGCGCGCUCACGUCAGCGCCCGUAUUCUAG